UGUGAAAAUUAUCCAGACAAUAUUUGUGUUUGUUUGUAGCUGCAGUUUUAUGCCCCUAGCGUGGGUACACUUGUAUGGUAUCUAUGCUGGUGGGGGUAGCAGGUACCCGGUGCAAUAGCAAAGGUGUGCGCAAGCUGACUCAGAUACCACCGUCAUAAAAUAAAUUAUGCAGACAAUAUUUGGGUUUGUCUGCCUCUAUUGAAGAAGGAGAAUUGUAUAAAGACAGUAUACAAGUGUGUUUUGAUGAUUGUGAUACUUGGUAGAUAACUGUGCUUGAGUCUGUAAUCUCUUCUGACACCAUCUUGGUGUGUUGUUUAAUGAAAUACUAUUGAUUUAUCAGCAAAUAUUGAUCAUGAUUUAGCUUGAUUAAUGGGAUAUAUUAGUUGCAAGUUGUUUUUUCCUAUUACUGAUUGCAAUGUGAAUAAGGUCCAAUUUUGGAAAAGUAAAUACUAGCUAGUUUAUUGGUGUCUACUUGUGGAUUGCCAUGUUGGCGGAAGUGAAUUCCUUAUUGAGUACCCUCCUUUUGCUGCCAAUGGAAACUGAAGAGUUCAGGUCUUUAAUAGAUUAUGAAUUAAUGCGUUGUGGAUAAUACACUAUAAAAUUCGACAAUGAAGUGAUGAACCUUACAGCUCUAUAUUUAAAUCUAAGCUAUACGACAUAUAGUUUAACAGCGGGUUGCCAUUCGUGCACGACCAGUCGUACCAUGCUAGAUGUCAUCUUUAUUCAUGUUUCAACCUAGUAUAUUUGUCAGCUUCUUAUUCUACAUAUUAUCUUUUCCUAUGUGCUUGUAUAUCCAUCAAUUGCUAAUUUGAAUCUAUAUGUUUCCAGUGACAGAGAAAUUCCAUCUUCCAAUCUUGAUUUGCAUGUUGCUCAUUGCUCCCGGAAACUUGAAAAAUGUAAAAUCUGUGGGGAUAUGGUUCCAAAAAAACAUGCAGAAGAACAUUUCUUGAGCACUCAUGCUGCAGUCUUCCCACCUUUUCUGCUUCUACCAGUCUGUUCUGUUUUACAGGAACAUUCUUUUCCCACUUCGUCAUGCGAGAGAAUGGAGCGUGAGGUGUUAACUGUUCACAAAGGUGAAAAUUGCCCACAAAGGAUUGUGACAUGCCAGUAUUGCGAGUUUCCUUUACCUGCAAUUGAUUUAUUUAAGCAUCAGGAAGUUUGUGGGAAUAGAACAGAACUCUGUCAUCUGUGUAGCAGAUAUAUUAGGCUCCAUGAAAGAGAUGACCAUGAGAGUAGAUGCAAUGGAGGCACAAAUAUCGUUGCGGAAUCCUCCAGGAACAUUAGUCCAGCUGAGAGAGAUCGUGGUGCUCCUAGAAGGCAGCCACAUGAAUUUUCCAAGAAGCGGCUUCUAUUUACAAUUGCAAUAACGGGCGUUGCUGUUUUGUUUGGCUCGCUCAUCUUCCAGAGGAAAGUUGAAAACAGUCAAGUGCCCUAGCAGCUUUACUGUAAUCCGUUAACUGAUUGUUUAUCUUACUAUCAGAUCUGCGUUUACAAUUCCUAAUGUACCUAAAAGCAAUUAACAUGCAAAUCAAAGAUGAGUUCCACUAAUAUAUGAACAGAUAUGGUUGUAUGUACAGUUGAAGCUGAUCAAAAUAAUGUAAUUGCCUUCUUGAAAACAUCCCAUCCAUCACAAAAAGAACUACUCUUCUAGAGCUAUGGAAUGCAAUGAUUUAUUUGGAGUCACAA